CCUUGACUUGAUUGCGGGCGGAUGAGCGUUGUAGUUGAAGCUUACUGGAGCUUAGCCUGCUGCCUUAGCGUGUCUGGCUUUGCCUCUCUCUCUCUCUCUCUCUCUCUCUCUGAUCUUAAGUCUUGAGUCUUGAUUCGUCUCAGCUAGAUUGGUAGUCGGGUGAUCAAGGGUGGGUGGGCAUGGGAAGAUCACCAUGCUGCGACAAAGCAAAUGUGAAGAGGGGGCCCUGGUCUCCUGAUGAAGAUGAAACUCUCAAGAACUACCUUCAACAGCACGGCAAUGGCGGUAACUGGAUUGCUUUACCUCGCAAAGCUGGCCUUAAGCGUUGCGGCAAGAGUUGCCGGUUAAGAUGGCUGAAUUACCUCAGGCCCAACAUCAAACAUGGAGGUUUCACCGAGGAGGAAGACAACAUCAUCUGUACUCUGUAUGCUAAGAUGGGUAGCAGAUGGUCUGUCAUAGCCUCUCAACUACCUGGAAGAACCGACAAUGACGUGAAGAAUCAUUGGAACACCAAACUAAAGAAGAACUUUCAAGCCAAAACUAACUCCAUAAACAGCAAUAAUACUACUCCUAAGAACACCAACUCGUCUUCUCUUUCUCUUCUUCCCUCAACAUUGCCAGAGCCCGCCACUAAUAUUACUGCACCCAGCAACACUGCCGGAAUUUACACUCUUCAUGAUUUUCCAUCCUCUUUGCUGCCCCAAUAUUUAGAAACUUUAUCUCCACCAACCCAUUUAGAGUCCCAUGGAGGAUUAAGUAAUGUGAAUGAGUGCUCCAAACAUGAUCUUCCGGCUGCCGCCACCCAAAUGUCGUCAGAAUAUGGUGCAAUUGCAAAGAACCGAAGGAGCAGUACAACUGGUAUUCACAGUACUAAUAAUUCUACAGUGACUCAAGAAGCCUGGAGCAUCAAUUCGGUUUCGUCUUUGCAUAAUGUGGGUGACAGGUGCCUUUCGCUGCCCAGUCCCGGAGGAGGGGCUGGCAAGGCGGAUGGAAGAGUUUUAAGUGUGGAUCAGUUUGGCGUUGGUUUCUUCGCUAACUAUGAUCUUGUUGAUGGGUUGUGGUUUCAGGAGAAAAAUAGUAAUGAAGGCCUUAGCAUUCCUGCUACUGUGCUUUCUCCCUAUGUUCACAUUAAGCCAAAUGAACUUUGCCCAAGUUUUAAUUAUUAGAAAGCCAGUGUUAAAGAAAGUACACUAGAAGAAGUACGUGGGAAAGAUGAAAGUUCUUUCAUUUCUGUAAUUGUAUCAGGUUUAUAAGCAUCAGGUCGCAGGAACAAAUGUAUACACAGUUCAUGAUUAGGACAUUUGCUUCAAUAA